CAAAAUAAUAAAUACACCACAACACGAAAAACUCAAUUACAAAAACAUAUAUACCUAUAAAUAAAUAAUAACAAAAUAAUAAAUACACUGCUUGCUUUCCUUUCACUUUAUACCUCUUAUUAAAAUUUAGCAUUUCCUACCAUUCAGCUAGGGUUCAGUCCAUUCAAAAAAAAAAAAAAAAAAUAACACCAUGAAACUAGCUUCACUAGAGGGCAUCCAAAACGCUCACGAAGAUUCGAUUUGGUCGGCGGCGUGGGUCCGAUCAUCGGAGGAUUCUCCGGCAUUACUUCUCACCGGUGGUUUAGACGAAACAGUGAGGCUAUGGGAUCCGAGUAACUUCAAUUGUGUUCAAACAUUUACGGGUCAUUGUCUCGGUGUUGUAUCUGUUGCUACACAUCCUACUAGGAGAAUUGCUGCGUCUGCUUCGAUUGAUAGUUUUAUUAGAGUGUUUGAUGUUGAUAGUAAUAAGACUAUUGCUACUCUUGAAGCUCCUCCAUCUGAAGUUUGGCAAGUGCAGUUUAGCCCUGAUGGUAGCAAUCUGGCAGCAGCUGGAGGUGGUAGUUCAUCAGUCAAGCUAUGGGAUACUACUCAGUGGCAACUCGUUGCGACAAUGUCAAUUCCUCGACAAGGAGCCCAACAACCAUCUGAUAAAAGCAGCAACAAGAAAUUUGUCCUUUCGGUUGCAUGGAGCCCCGAUGGUAGGCUUCUUGCUUGUGGAUCAGUUGAUGGUACAAUUUCUGUUUUUGAUGUAGCUCGUGCCAAGUUCCUUCACUUCUUAGAUGGCCAUUGCAUGCCUGUUCGUUCUCUUGUGUUUUCACCUUCACUUCACGAUGCAAGAAUACUCUUCUCGGCAUCUGACGAUGGUCAUGUGCAUGUGUAUGAUGCUGAGGGGAAAACAUUGCUCACAUCUUUAUCGGGUCAUGCAAGUUGGAUUCUGAGCGUUGAUGUCUCCCCAGACGGAGCAGCAAUUGCAACAGGGUCAAGUGACAAGACGGUCAGGCUUUGGGACCUCAAAAUGAGAGCGGCUACACAAACUUUAACCAACCACGCAGAUCAGGUUUGGGCUGUCGCUUUUGGACCAACAUCAAGAACUGAUGUUCGGUCCUGUAUGCUUGCUAGCGUGUCUGAUGACAAGAGCUUGUCGUUCUAUCAGUACUCUUAACAGUUUAUCGUUCUUUUUGAUGGCAUGACUUUAGGUUUCAGAAUCAUAUGCCUGAAAUGUUAUUUAUUCGAUCUCUAGAAAACACAUCAAAUUUCGUAUCCAGUUGUGAACCGGAGCAUGCUUUCUUAAUGUUCUUCGUUACUGUAUAAACUAGCGAUGGAGCAGAUGCUUAUUUCAUGUUAUCUUCGACGACUGUUGGAGUUUCUGUA